GCAAAGUGCAAAAAAAAAAAAAAAAAAAAAAGCAGCCCCAUUUGGGGAGCGCCAAGAAGCCAUUUUGAACUUAAAAGAGAAGCUUUAAAUUCUCUCUCCCGUGUCUCGCUCUUCAAUUUGAUGUUUAUGGAUCCACAGAUUCGUCACCAUUUUCAUAAACUAAACACCGUAUAAAUUUAUUCCCUCUCUUUCUGUUUCUAUAUAUGAUACUUUUAUUACGGAAUAGUGUAGUACUACAUAGUGAAGAGAAAUGCAAGUUGCAAUUGAUCAAUGGAGGGUGAGAAGGCGAACCUUCUAGGACCAGCAGAAGCAGCAGUGACGACGAAACCCAUUUCCAUUUGUCCAAUCGAUCCGUCAGAAUCCGCUAAUGUCAGCCGUUCCUUUACACUCUCUUCAACAACAUCGACGACGUCUUCUUCCUCAUCUUCUCCUCCGGAUUUCCUCCGUCACAUUCAAGCCGCCUUCAAACGCCCUCGUCCUCGGGCUACAAUGCAGUCAAAUGGUAUUAUGCCAAGGAGAUUGGUAGGUCCUCUACGGCAAGCGUCAAGAGGCUCUACUUUGAAUACAGACUGUACAGUUGAAGCAAAGAAGACCCAAGAUGAGAUUCCCCUGAGUCACAGAUUGAUGGAAUGUAUUUCACAACCAAAGAACAUUGGCUCUGAUACCGUAGAAGCUCAAGAGGAUGCAUCUAUGCCACCUUCAGAAUAUGGUUCCACAGUAGACACACAUGGAGAGAAUUAUAAUUCUUUCAACAGCUUGAGAGAUCAACCAAGAUCCUUCACUGGUCAGAGAAGCAACAUUACAGCUGCUUCCAUAGUUACGGAGUGCGAGCACUCUUUAUUGGCUGAAGGGCAGAAGAAGGUCCACUUUGCUGCUGAUAAUACUUCCAGGUCUCAGGAAAUGGAUUGGGAUGUAGGCAAUCAGAUGGAGGCUGUGACUGCUGCUAGCCAAGUCUUGAGAGAUCAAAAUAUUCAGACCACAGUUGUGGAUGGUAACGGGAAUUCUUCUCUAUUGGCAAAUAGAACAUUAGGAGUUGCAGAUCAGAUUCACCAAUUCAGAAACUUCUUACGGAAUGAGUUGAGCCACCCUGUGACUCAAGCUUCUGUGGUUGGAUCAACCUGCAGUGCAACAACAUUGAUAAACUCAACAUCUGCUCCGAUGCUAAGCUCAACAACCUAUUGUCCGCAAUCUCAUCUUGUGAGCGACUCUAUAGAGUCACUGGGGGAAGGUAAACAGAAAUCUGAACAUCUGAUGCAAUCUUCUUAUCCUUUUCCAAAGAAUGAAAACAGGCUUUCAGCUGAUCAGACAACUAUUGCAGUACCUAGUUCUACCACCGAAACUGAUUCAGAAGUUAAGAGACCUAAUAUGGGUGUAGGGCCAAAGAAUAGUAUGCUGAUUAAAGGUGACAUGCCUAAAGAUACUUCCCCUUGUGAGGAUAACUCAGCCAAAGAAUGUGCAACAGAUAUACAAUCUCAAGCUCCGUUGACAAAAGUUUCAUCUUCCAACAUGAAGUUCGAACCUUCUAAGUCUGAAAAGCAAGAAAAAAGCGUGGGUAGUAAAGCAGCAGCUUCGUCUCGUAAAAAAGGUUAUGAUCCUGAUAUAUUUUUCAAAGUUAAUGGAAAGCUUUACCAAAGGCUUGGAAAAAUAGGCAGUGGUGGAAGUAGUGAGGUCCACAAAGUCAUUGCAUCAGAUUGCUCAAUUUAUGCAUUGAAGAAAAUCAAGCUUAAAGGUCGUGACUAUGCUACUGCAUAUGGCUUUUGUCAGGAAAUUGAGUAUUUAAAGAAACUGAAGGGAAAGAACAACAUCAUUCAACUAAUUGACUAUGAGGUUACAGAUAAGAAUUUACUAGAUGAAGUCAUGAAUGGUUCGAUGAGUAAUAAUGAAAGCAGAGUCAAAGAAGAUGGAUACAUAUACAUGGUUCUCGAAUACGGUGAAAUUGAUUUGGCUCAUAUGCUGUCUCAGAAAUGGAGAGAACUAGAUGGUUCUGAUUCAAUUAUUGAUGAAAACUGGCUUCGAUUUUACUGGCAGCAAAUACUUCUUGCUGUCAACACCAUACACGAGGAACGGAUCGUCCACUCGGACUUAAAACCAGCUAAUUUCCUUCUUGUCAGAGGCUCACUAAAGCUGAUUGAUUUUGGUAUAGCGAAGGCUAUAAUGUGUGACACAACCAACAUUCAGCGUGAUUCACAGGUGGGUACUUUAAGCUACAUGUCCCCUGAAGCUUUUAUGUGUAAUGAGACAGAUGCAAAUGGCAAUACCAUAAAGUGUGGUCGGCCCUCAGAUAUCUGGUCAUUGGGAUGUAUCCUUUACCAAAUGGUUUACGGGAGAACACCCUUCUCAGAGUUCAAAACUUUCUGGGCGAAAUUCAAAGUUAUAACAGAUCCAAACCAUGCUAUCGCAUAUGAACCUUUGUCCAAUCCCUGGUUACUUGAUCUUAUGAAGAAGUGUCUUGCAUGGGACCGAAAUGAAAGAUGGCGGAUUCCUCAGCUACUCCAACAUCCUUUCCUUGUUCCCCCAGUUCCACCACAGUUACCAGCUCCUCUUGAGCAGGAGCAAACCUGUACACUUCUUCAAUUAAUUGCUAAAUCAUGUGAAAAAGAUGGAAAGGCAUCGGUGCUAUGUAUGCAACUUCAAAAUUUACUAGUGCACCCCAGUCAAAUAUCGCAUGAGGUAUUACCUGUAUGCCAAUACCAGAAGUUGCUUUGUGAUGUCUCUGCUCUCUGUCUUCAACUCCAAGAACAGUUGGCAAACUCAGAAAGAGGAAGUAUGCUAUAAUGCUAAAGACGAUUUAUACAUUUUUGCCGUCUUCAGUCCUAGGUUCUUUAAGGUAUUAGGCAGUUACAAAGCUGUCUCCAUCUUUUAAGUCGUCUAAGUUACUGCUGUAUAUACUAAAACCACUCAAAACAAAGUGGCCAUUGCAAUCUGUUAUCUUAAAGUGGGUUGCAGAUAAUAGGUGAUGAAGUGCUGUAACUUUGUCCAGGAAAGGACCCCUACGUGUGUGCAAGAGUUGGUAAAUUUUCCUUGGGAAUGCAUAAUGACAUGUUCAUCUAAUUCUUAAUAUAAUUUUUUCUCUUUACC